AUGGCUGAGGUGACUAGCUCGGGCGAGCCCGUGGAAAGCGGCUCUCCGCCGCCGCUAACUCCUGUCGGUGCCUUCGCCCGGCGGGGAGCGCUCCGCCAGAAAAACGUCCACCAGGUGAAGGAGCACAAGUUUAUCGCCCGCUUCUUCAGGCAGCCAACCUUCUGUAGUCACUGCACCGACUUCAUCUGGGGUCUAGGUAAACAAGGAUUCCAGUGUCAAGUCUGUUCCUUUGUCGUCCACAAGAGAUGCCAUGAAUUUGUGACCUUCGCCUGCCCGGGAGUCGAUAAGGGUGCAAACUCAGAGGAUCCGCGGAAUAAGCACAAGUUCAAAGUUCACACGUACAGCAGCCCCACGUUCUGCGAUCACUGUGGUUCGUUGCUGUAUGGGCUGGUGCACCAGGGCAUGAAGUGUAACAGCUGCGAGAUGAACGUGCACAAACGGUGUGUGAACAACGUGCCCAGCCUGUGUGGGAUGGACCACACAGAGAGACGCGGUCGCAUUCACCUCAAGUGUGAGAUCCACACUGACAACGAGCUUCACGUCACAGUUGGUGAAGCCCGGAAUCUGAUCCCGAUGGAUCCGAAUGGACUGUCAGAUCCCUACGUGAAGCUCAAGUUGAUCCCAGACCCCAAAGGACAAAGUAAACAAAAGACCCGUACGAUCCGGUCAACCCUCAACCCCAUCUGGAACGAAUCCUUCACCUUCUCCCUGAAGCCAUCAGAUCGGGAACGCCGUCUCCUGGUGGAGGUCUGGGACUGGGACCGGACGUCCCGUAAUGACUUCAUGGGAGCCAUGUCUUUCGGAAUCUCGGAGCUAUACAACAUCCCUGUGGAUAGCUGGUUUAAACUGCUGGCCCAGGAAGAAGGAGAAUACUUCAAUGUCCCUGUGGUUUCAGAUUCGGCCGAGGACCAGGCUGAGCUGUGUAAGAAGCUGGAGACGAUACUGCGCAGGACACGAGAACCACGUACGGGCACGCAGGACGGAGCGCAGACCCAGCCAAUAUCCCCAAGUCCUCAAUAUCAGGGCCCGUCAGUCCCAAACCAGAAGGGAUUGCUCUCACCGCCCCUAUCCCCACGUCCUCAAUAUCAGAGUCCGUGUGUCCCAAACCAGAAGGGAUUGUUCUCACCGCCCCUAUCCCCACGUCCUCAAUAUCAGAGUCCGUGUGUCCCAAACCAGAAGGGAUUGUUCUCACCGCCCUUAUCCCCACGUCUUCAAUAUCAGGGUCAGUCAGUCCCAAAGCAGAAGGGAUUCUACUCACCGCCCGUAUCCCCAAGUCCUCAAUAUCAGGGUCCAUCAGUCCCAAACCAGAAGGGAUUGUUGUCACCGAAGGUGAAGUUAACCCCUUCCACACCAAAGCCUUUCAGUCCAACGAACUCCAAGGUCUCCCUGAAUCUCGGGAACAGUUUUGGACCCUCGGAUUUCAACUUCCUCAUGGUCCUGGGCCGGGGAAGCUUUGGAAAGGUGCUGCUCGCCGAGCUGAAGGGCACUGAAAAGCUGUUUGCGGUGAAGACACUGAAGAAAGACGUGAUCAUGCAGGACGAUGACGUGGAGUGCACGAUGGUGGAGAGGAGGGUGCUGUCCAUGGCCGACCCGCCACACUUCCUCACACAGCUCUACUGCUGCUUCCAGACCAUGGACCGGCUGUUCUUCGUGAUGGAGUACGUGAACGGUGGGGACCUGAUGUAUCACAUCCAGACUGUUGGUCGCUUCAAGGAACCACACGCCGUGUUUUAUGCAGCAGAAAUAGCGAUUGGCCUCUUCUACCUCCACGACCACGGCAUCAUCUACAGAGAUCUGAAGUUGGACAACGUGCUCCUCGACUCUGAGGGACACAUCAAGAUUGCGGACUUCGGAAUGUGCAAGGAAAACAUUUUUGAUGGGGACACCACCAGGACCUUCUGUGGUACCCCCGACUACAUUGCUCCAGAGAUUAUAUCCUACCAACCCUACGGCAAGUCUGUCGAUUGGUGGUCUUACGGGGUCUUGCUAUACGAGAUGCUCGCAGGACAGCCUCCAUUUGAUGGGGAGGACGAGGACGAGUUAUUCCAGUCUGUGCUGGACCGCACCGUGACGUACCCCAGGACUCUCUCCCGAGAGGCCGUGUCUAUCUGCAAGGGGCUGAUGACGCGGAACCCUGCCCGUCGGCUGGGCUGCGGAAUUGACGGGCAGCGGGACCUCCGCGAACAUCCGUUCUUUCGGCGGAUCGACUGGGAGCGGCUGCGGAACUUGGAGGUGCAGCCGCCGUUUAAACCCCGGCCGUCCGGGAGGAACGGCGAGAACUUUGACAAGUUCUUCACUCGAGGGGUUCCCACCCUGACGCCACCCGACCAGCUCGUGCUCCUCAGCCUUGACCAGGAGGAGUUCAGCGGCUUCUCGUUCAUCAACCCGGUCUUCCCAACCCCGCCCCCGCGUGGACCCCUCACCCAGGGGGUGUGAGGGUCUGUGGCUCUCUCCUCCGCCCAGGGACUCCCUCCCCUCCUCCCUAAAGUCCCCACCCCAGCCGAAGGAAGAAGGGAACCUCUCCUGCUCCUCUGUCCAUCUCCCCCCCCCCCUUACAGUGUUGUGCACCCCCUACGCUCCCCCCUCUGCCCGCGCUGGUCUCUGAGAACACAUUCAGAUUCGAAUUUCUUUAUCAUUGAAAUGCAUUGUUUGCUUUAAUGACCAAUGUGCCCACAGGCGCCCAGUACAGCUUGCCUGCGAUGCUCGACAGGCAACCAUACGCAGCAAGUGUCAAAACGACAGCCCGCACAUCCACAGGCAGGCCUUUGACCCCCCCACCCCGGGCUCGCUAAUGAUGGGACCCCGAACUCCAGGCAUCAAAUAUCUCUGUAAUAAAGUUUAUCUGUGGUUACCGUUGUCUGGUUCAUGGGGU